UGCCUCGCUUUUCUCUCUGUAGGAAAUCACGCUAUAAAUAGUGAACGACCUUUCAUUACCAUCGCCUACCGGCUCUUCUCCCACUUUCCUCGUUUCUCUAGGGUUUUGCCUCUCCUCCUCCAAUCUCUCUUCAUCAAUGGCGAAAGAUCCAGUUCGUGUUCUCGUUACAGGAGCCGCCGGACAAAUCGGUUAUGCUCUUGUCCCUAUGAUUGCUAGAGGAGUGAUGUUGGGACCCGAUCAGCCCGUAAUUUUGCACAUGCUUGAUAUUCCACCUGCUGCAGAGUCUUUGAAUGGGGUAAAAAUGGAGUUGGUUGAUGCUGCAUUUCCUCUUCUUAAAGGUGUGGUUGCUACAACCGAUGUUGUUGAGGCUUGCACGGGCGUCAAUGUAGCUGUCAUGGUUGGUGGGUUCCCUAGGAAAGAAGGAAUGGAAAGAAAAGACGUGAUGUCGAAAAAUGUCUCAAUCUACAAGUCUCAAGCCUCUGCGUUAGAAAAGCAUGCAGCUGCAAACUGCAAGGUGCUGGUUGUUGCUAACCCAGCUAACACCAAUGCAUUGAUCUUGAAAGAGUUCGCUCCAUCCAUUCCUGAGAAAAACAUUACAUGCAUGACACGGCUGGAUCACAACAGGGCACUUGGCCAGAUUUCGGAGAGGCUGAAUAUCCAAGUCAGUGAUGUUAAAAAUGUUAUCAUUUGGGGAAAUCAUUCUUCGACUCAGUACCCUGAUGUCAGCCACGCAACUGUUAAAACACAAGGUGGAGAAAAGCCUGUUAAGGAGCUUGUUUGUGAUGAUGAAUGGUUGAAAGGAGAAUUCAUUACCACUGUCCAACAACGGGGUGCUGCAAUAAUCAAAGCACGGAAGUUCUCCAGUGCUUUAUCUGCUGCAAGCGGUGCUUGUGAUCACAUUCGUGAUUGGGUGCUUGGGACCCCUGAGGGAACUUUUGUUUCCAUGGGAGUAUACUCUGAUGGAUCUUACAACGUACCAGCGGGCCUCAUCUAUUCUUUCCCGGUCACAUGCCGCAAUGGAGAAUGGACUAUUGUACAAGGACUUCAAAUUGAUGAAUUUUCGAGGAAGAAACUUGAUGCAACUGCAGAGGAGCUGACUGAGGAGAAGGCUCUGGCGUAUUCAUGCCUCUCUUAAAGCUCUCUUACAUUUGGAGAGGGAAUCUGGUGAGAGAUUCAUGGUAUGAUCAGAAAAUACAUUUGAAUUAGUCUGGAGUGGGAUCUUUAGGUAAAAAGGAUUGGUUGUUCAGGAGAUGGGAAACGGGCAUGUUCCUUGCUGGUGGAGAGGGAAGAGGGAGGGAUAUGUCAUGCAUGCAUGCCAAUCUACACUGUCCGAAACUCUUGGGCCUCAGUGGAUUGAGGAUAGAAGAUUACACUGAUAGGACAAUCCCAACCAAUGAGGUGGCCAUUAGAUCUACAAUGGGGCCCAUGGUAUGGUGGUCUAGAUUGAUAUAUGUGUAGGCAUUGAAUCCAGUGUACUAGUUGCGACCUGUAGCGGUUUGUAAAAUGCAGAUCAAAGACAACCCAAAUAUAGAAAGUAAUUGUUGAAGAUA